UUGGGUUAAAAAUACGUACAGGCACAAAAAUCUGAUCUUGCUGGUGGAAUAUUUCACGGCUGCCUAGUGGCUAUGCAGAUUCUCUUGGCCAUCAUCUUCCUACAUACCCGACUAUGCCUCCUAUCGACCCGAGGAGUUGCAUGAAAGCUCCUGUUUGCCACAGCCACUUCCCUCACCGGAUCCCUCCGUGCUCCCACACCCUUCACGGACACACGGUGAUUUUGUACAACCUGUUCAUUUACCUCCAAUCCCACGCGCACCCCUGUAGGGUCCAACCAGAGCCGCCCGAACGAUCAAAGACAUGCACCGACCGCUUGUCAACGACCAGUGUUUCUGUCUGCCCCCACAUAAUUUUCCGACCUCCCGCUACCCGGACACUUAUUUUGAUGUUUCACUUUUUUUUUAUUCUUAUUCUCGCCGACGUGGCAUUUGCUCGUCUGCGCUGCAGCCAGAUGUAAUCCUUGGAAGCGACAAGGACCUUCUUCUUUCAUCACAGAUCUGUGGGAUGGUAGUGUGUGACAGACAACACUACCGAGUCAACAAAGACAAGAAAAGAUGAGACCUACCAGCAGGAAGCCUUGACGUCUUUUAUUGCCAAGAUGCUCUCGUGAGGGACCGUUGCGGGCCUGCUGCCCACCAACAACCGGGCGGCUACCGGGACUGAAUGCCUCGUGCCGUCAGCAAGAGGAUCAUACCAGAAACCCUGAUCGACGACAUCCUUCCCGGAUUCGGAGGUGGCCACCCUCGUCCAUCCUGUCAGCUGUCUUGACACUUUACUUCUACCCGUCGCUGUAAAUCUAUUACCAAGCUGACAUGAGAUAAGCCGCCUUUACUAUUGGCCGACCUCUGAUGUUCGCCGCUUGAAGAUCCGCAGAUGGUCAACCAACAGAUGACCCUGUAAUGGGAUGAUUGAUACCAGCAAGCAGCAGCAGCAGCAGCAGAGGCGGCGGCAGUAGCAGUGGUAGCGACUAGAGAGCAUCAGCAACAUCACUCAAGCGGGGCAAUCAUGAUAUUGACAACCGAACAACCCGUAUAGCAUUACAUAGCCAGGGGUUCCUCCUAGGGCAUCUGGUCCCCCCUGUCCGGCAUCUCUAGCCAAUAGUGACCUCGGGUAGACCUAUCCGCCACGGCAUCACGACAUCCCACCCGCCUCUGACGCUUGUCGUGAAGGAACACACCCCCCGGCGCUCUCCAUCUUCCUUCCCCAUAUGCGAUGGGUCUAUGUCCUGUCGGGAAGGACGCAACCAUAUACUGCAUAAUGUGGGCAACUGAAGCGGAUCUGCAUCCCUCUCGGGAAGGUGAUCAAGAUGCCAGGAAGUCAAGUUGCUCGUGCCUGGGGCCGGCAUCAACCUUUGAACUGGCAUCUCAAGAUCGUCUCCUGGGUCAUGAUAAAUAGGGCUACGACAUCCCGUCUGUCUUGAUCAAUGUUGAUAUCCGUCAAGCAGGCCCAAGACCUCUAGUCCCAGUCCAGCUCAGCCCUCCAACCACUCCUCUUCCUCAAGUCUGCGGAUCCUUCCUCAGCUUUGCAUUUUUUUGCAUCAAUUUACUUUGUCUGCAAAAACAAAAGAACCAUCAUUCUUUCACAGCAAAGAUCGCCCAUCAUGCGUUCCUUCGCCGUCCUGUCGCUCUUCACCCUGGCUUCGGCCGCUCCCCUCAUCAAGGCCCGUAGCGGAACCACCAUCCCUGGUGCCUACAUCGUCGUCCUCAAGAAUGAGUCGGCCGACGAGUUCCGCAUCCAGAGCGCCAUCAUGUCGACCGUUGAGAAGACUGCCGAGUGGAAGCAGGAGGAGUUCAACGGUUUCGCCGCCAAGCUGAGCGGCGAGGAGCUCCAGGCUCUUCAGGACGCCCCUGAGGUCGACUACAUUGAGGAGGACGCCGAGGUCUCCAUCAACGCCAUCGUCACCCAGACCGGCGCUCCCUGGGGUCUUGCCCGCAUCUCGUCCACCACCAGGGGUGGAACCACCUACCGCUACGACGACAGCGCCGGUGUUGGUACCUGCUCGUACAUCAUCGACACUGGCCUGUACGCCGCCCACAGCGACUUUGGCGGCCGCGCCUCCCAGAUCGCCAACUUUGUCGACAGCUCCAACACCGACGGCAACGGCCACGGCACCCACGUCGCCGGCACCAUCGGCGGCACAACCUACGGUGUGGCCAAGCGCACCACCCUCCUGGGAGUCAAGGUCCUCAACGCCUCGGGAUCCGGCACCAACUCUGGCGUCAUCAGCGGCAUGAACUUUGUCGUGACCGACGCCCGCACCCGUUCGUGCCCCAACGGCGUCGUCGUCAACAUGUCGCUCGGCGGCAGCACCAGCACGGCCAUCAACUCGGCCGCCGCCGCCAUCACCUCGGCCGGCCACUUCUUGGCCGUCGCCGCCGGCAACUCCAACGCCAACGCCGCCAGCUUCUCGCCCGCCAGCGAGCCCUCGGCCUGCACGGUCGGUGCCACCACCAGCGCCGACGCCAAGGCUUCCUACUCCAACUACGGCGCCCUUGUUGACAUCUGGGCCCCCGGCUCCGGUGUUCUGUCUGCCUGGAUUGGCGGCACCACUGCUUCGCGCUCCAUCGACGGUACCUCCAUGGCCAGCCCCCACAUUGCCGGUCUCGGUGCCUACUUCUUGUCCCUCCGUGGACGCCAGACCCCCGCCGCUCUCUGCUCCUACAUCGCUACCAACGCCAACCGCGGUGUCCUCACCGGCGUGCCCAGCGGCACCGUCAACGCCCUUGCCUACAACGGCGCUUAAGCGACCAGUCUGGGGCGAGAAGGGAGUUGGUCGAGGUGGUGUCAGAACCCAUCGGGCCUGGUUACUCCCACUGGCUGCAAGGAGGAGUUGUGGAUAUGUCGGGACAGCAUUGAAGGCUGGUAUAUAAUUCUUGCUCGGGAGGAUUACACACGAUCACAGCAUUUUUUGUUCAUAUAUGUGAUGGCUUUUUUGUACAUACUGCGGCUGUGUUGGGUUGAAUUGCAACUACAGUAUUGAUUUGAAGAGUGAAGAAAGCUUUCUCGCAAACAUACAGGAAA